AUGACUCAACCACCAAGAAAUGAGAUUAAUUAUGCGUAUUCUAAACUUGAUAUUGAGUUGUUUGAUGCUUUUUCACAGGAUCUGAUAAUUGGCACUGAGUUGGAAUUUUUGAGUGUGGAUGACCCGAUCAUCCCGGUAAAAUUAAGUGUGAACUUAGGCGUCCUCAACAUACUUUCAGAGGUUCCUCAAGAUGUGGUAUAUGGACAAGGUGAAAAGCAAAUGACAAUUUCUACUUCUACCCUUAAGAUGUUGAAUUUUAUUCUCAGAACUGUCACCUACACCAGCAAAGUGUACACCAUUAAUUCUGUUGAUUUAGUUAAGUUUCAAUUUGAAUUGCACACUGCCAUUUUUCCCAUCAAAAUUCAACAACCUGAAAUGUUAAAGUUAUUUGACCAUGGUAAAGAAUACAGUAUAAACUCUUUGGUGACCAUAACUACAAAGACAUUCCUCAGAUAUCACAAGUUAAAGACUUUAAUAAGGAGCAUUCGCAAAUUUUAUCCUAAUAUGACAAUCAUAGUUGCUGACGACAAUGACAAUCCUGAAAAAAUUGAGGACCCACAUCUUGAACAGUACUUCAUGCCCUUUGCAAAGGGCUGGUUUGCUGGAAGAAACCUUGCAGUGUCUCAAGUUACAACUAAGUAUUUCCUCUGGGUUGAUGAUGACUUUUUGUUUACUGAAAAAACAAAAAUAGAAAAGCUAGUGAAAGUGCUCGAGGAAACACCCCUAGAUCUGGUCGGUGGUGCAGUUGGAGGCAAUAGUUUUAAAUUUAAACUCCUUUUUGAAAAAGGAAAUGAAGAAGAGGGUGACUGCCUGCACUGGAGGAGUGGAUCAUUUCAUACUUUGGAAGGAUUUCCAAAUUGUGUGAUUGCAAGUGGUGUAGUAAACUUUUUCCUGGCCAGAACAGAGCAAGUAAGAAGAGUUGGCUUUGACCCAAAACUCUCAAGAGUGGCUCACAUAGAAUUUUUUGUUGAUGGCAUUGGAGUACUAAAUGUGGGCUCAUGUACAGAUGUUUCAGUUGACCAUCAACCCCGUGACAAGCCAUCAGACAAUAUUCUAGCAGCAAUGGAAAACAAAUAUGCAGGCUUCCGAAGAAACACCAAUGAGCAGCAGAAAUUCAAACUGAGAGAACACUUUUUCAAGAAUAGAUUAAAGUGUUUUUCAAGAAAGUGA